AUGACGUCGACGGCGUGGCCAGCAGCGUUCGCGUUCAUCCUGGUGGCGCUCUGCUCCACGUAUCCGAGUCAGGCUGCUUCCCCGCGAUGGGAACCACAAAUCUCGGUGCUGUGUGAGGCCGGACAGACAUAUCAUCCGCAGUUCUUGUCGGAAGAAGGCCGAUGGACAACGGAUCUGAGCGUCAAGCUUCCUGGUUCGACAUGCCUCCGCGAUAAGAUGGAUCUGUUGGAUUACUGCAAGAAGGUAUACCCGGGUCGGGACAUUACAAACAUCGUGGAGUCUUCGCAUUACCAGAAGAUCGGUGGCUGGUGCCGCCAGGGUGCGUUGAAUGCAGCCAAGUGCAAAGGAGCCCAACGGUGGAUUAAACCGUUCCGAUGUCUCGAGGGACCGUUCCAGUCGGAUGCACUGCUCGUACCAGAAGGCUGCCUGUUCGAUCACAUCCACAACGCUUCACGCUGCUGGCCGUUCGUCAGGUGGAAUCAAACCGGAGCCGCUGCCUGCCAGGAUCGCAACAUGCAGAUGCGUAGCUUCGCCAUGCUGCUGCCCUGCGGCAUCUCGCUCUUCUCCGGUGUGGAGUUCGUCUGCUGUCCGAAACACUUCAAAGCCGUCCCGAUGAAGGUGAAGAAAACCGACCUGCCAGUGCUGCCACAGGACACGGACAUGCUGCCGGCGCUAGACGACGGUUCGGACGGCGUGUCGGACAACAACUCCGAGGACGAUGAGGAGGACGACGACAUCGAUGACGAGGAGGACGAAGAGAUGCUGGGCGAUGAGCCGAUCGAAAGCGACGACGAUGAGUACGACUCGGACGAAGACUUCGACUCCGGUAGCGAUAAGCCGGCCGGUUCAGACACCGACACCGGUUCUGCUGCCUGGGACAGCUUCACGACGCCACCACCGGCCGUUGGCAAGGACACGCUCAAGAAACAGCUCGCCGCAGACAUCGGUGGCCCAAUUGGGGGUAUGUUGUAUGGCGCGUUCGGAGGUAGCACGACGGAGAAGUCAGCUGGAGCCGAUCUGGCCAGCACACCCAUCACAGCCAUUCCGACGCCUGAUCCUUACUUCACGCACUUUGACCCACGCAACGAGCACCAAAGCUUCAAGAAUUUGCACGCCGAAUUUCAGGAAGCCCAGCAGCGGCUCGAGGAGAGCCAUCGCGAGAAGGUGACGCGCGUCAUGAAGGAUUGGUCCGAUCUGGAGGAAAAGUACCAGGAUAUGCGGCUGGCUGAUCCAAAGUCGGCGCAAACGUUCAAGCAGCGCAUGACCGCCCGGUUCCAGACUUCUGUGCAGGCACUGGAAGAGGAAGGCAACUCCGAGAAGCACCAGCUGGCGGCCAUGCAUCAGCAGCGCGUCCUCGCCCACAUCAACCAGCGCAAACGGGACGCGAUGACGUGCUACACGCAGGCCCUCACGGAGCAACCGCCCAGCUCGCACCGUGUUGAAAAGUGUUUGCAGAAGCUGCUCCGCGCACUGCACAAGGACCGUGCCCAUGCCCUAUCGCACUAUCGUCAUCUGCUGGGCUCGGGUGGAACUGGUGGGCUCGAGGCGGCUGCCUCCGAGCGUCCCCGUACGCUCGAGCGGCUGGUCGACAUUGACCGGGCCGUCAACCAAUCGAUGGCGAUGCUGAAACGCUACCCGGAGCUGUCGGUGAAGCUUUCCCAGCUGAUGGAUGAUUACAUCCAGGCGCUUCGCUCGAAGGACGAAACACCCGGCUCGAUGCUUGCCAUGACGGAGGACGCCGAGGCGGCCAUUCUCGACAAGUACCGGAUGGAGAUCGAGCGCAAGGUCAGCGAAAAGGAACGCCAGCGGUUGGCUGAGAAGCAGCGCAAGGAACAGCGGGCCCAGGAGCGCGAGAAGAUCCGCGAAGAAAAGCUGCGUCUCGAGGCCAAAAAGAUGGAAGCUGCCUACAAGCAGCAGCAGCAACAGCAACAACAGCAACAGCAGCAACAACAGCAGCAACAGCAGCAACAACAACAGCAGCAGCAGCAAACCCAACAACAGCAGGCGCAAAUGAUUGCGGCAACGUUCGCAGCAACGCAACAACAGCAGCAGCAACAACAGCAACAGCAGCAACAAACGCUGCAAACCCAACAACCGGCGCUCUCGGAGCAACCGCAAACCCAGAAGCAGCAGUCGGAAAUGGACGCGCAAAAGGAAACUGACACCACGAAGGAUUACUCCGAGGAAGCAGUCGUAACAAGCCCACAACCGACAGCGCUACCGACCGUGGAUGACGAGGCGGUGCAGCGUGCCGUGGAGGAGGUCGCAGCAGCCGUCGCCCAUCAGGAAGCCGAACCAAAGAUGCAACACGUACUGGCCCACGACAUUGGCCACGGAGAACCGAGCUACUCCGUGCGGCGUGAAGUGUACAGCUCCAGUGGACGUGACAGCAAGAACGUGUACUUUACGGUAGGAUUCGCCGGUGUUGCCCUGAUGGCCGCCGUGUUCGUCGGUGUCGCCGUCGCUAAAUGGAAAGCUUCCCGAUCACCUCAUGCUCAAGGAUUCGUCGAGGUUGAUCAGGCGGUCGGUGCUCCAGUCACACCCGAGGAGCGACACGUGGCCAACAUGCAGAUCAACGGUUACGAAAACCCUACCUACAAGUACUUCGAAAUCAAGGAAUAAGUUCCCUUACAAAAGCCGCAACAUUUUCCGCCCGAUUCGGCCGUAAUCCAUCCUGUCGGCCGAAACCGUCAUCCGAAGGGCGAAGCGAAGGCAAUAUUCGAGAGAGGUCCUUCGGACGUUACGUUAGAGGCGAUGCAAGUGCAAUGUGUGCAAAAUCAAAUGCGCGUGGUAGAGAAAACGGCGAAACUGAAAGGGAACACAAGCAAAGGGCACACAUGUCCACCACAGUUCAGAGUGCACUCGUGAAGCAACUACCUAUAUACAGGACCGGAACCAUGCCGGGGCAUGGAACGCCUGUGCCCGGUUCCACCCGAUUGUUAAAGAAAGAUUUUCGAAUUUGAGAACAACAUCAGGAGAGGCGGAAACGCGUCACGCACACAAAAAAAACAACAUAAUUCACACGGCCACACAAAAACAACACGAGAGAAAUGUUUCUAUUGUUUUGCGUCGAGCAAAUUGUAAUUGAUAAUUUGUGAACACUCGUCCUAGUCCAGCUCCAGUUGAAGGGGCCGUAGUAAGAAACAAAAAAAUACAUAAAGAUCGAUCGAUGAGACGGAAGAUGGAUGCACGCACGCGGUUCAGGAGAUUUUCCAUUGCAAGGAUCGACCGAUGGUGUAUGUGUGUGUGUUUGUAUGUGUAACAUAAGCUGCAACAGGGCCACCGUGCCCGGUGCGGUGAACCCAAACCAAACACGCACUGUUCGUGUAGCGGUGUUGUAACUUGCAGAACGGAAGGAAUAGUCCUUACAGUUUUGUUCUGCAUAAAUAAGAGAUAGUUGGUAGGAUGGAAGAUUGCGUAAAAAAAUAAGAGAAAAAAAAAGACACGCUAGUUCUUACAUGAGACACACACCGACACUUACAAGAAGAUGAAACAUCCGCAUGCAACAGUGCGUCACAGCCGGCGAUCAUGGGCGGGUGAUCGCGAAGGGAAACAUUUUGGAACCAUUAUAUUGCUAUUAUGAUUAUUGCUCAUGGAUACUGUUUUGGUUAAUCUAUCUUACAACCUAUACGCCUCUUUACCACUCUCGACUGUACGAGACCAGACGUAGAGCACGAUGCUACCAAAGAAUAGAAAACAGUCACUAAUUAUAGUUCAGGCUCUUGCGCGCUAGUUCUUGCUAGGAGAAACACUUUCACAAGUCGAAAAGAGUGAAACGUACAUCGCGAAACACACACAACUCCGAGAACAAUACAGGCACCUGUUAGCGGAAGUUUCCGACCGAAGCCAGGCCACCUCCUUGGAGAGCAGCCACCCUAGAAUGCAGCCAGAUAGUUAGAUAGCUAAGUAGCUAAUUAGUUAUUAAUUUUCUACAGUCGCUCGGUUGCGCAGCUCAGGUCGACCGGCGCUCACUCAUCGUCUCCGGGUGCUCCUCUAAUGGGUCAGUAAAAGGCCAUGCAAAAUGUGGGGGAACUUCCCGGGGUGAUCUGUUGCAACUAGAAAACGCCAACUCUCACAACAAUACACACUACUUCUCAUUUGAUAAGCUUGUAAGAGUAUACAUGCAUAAAUAAACGUAUAUUAUACAACAAAUCGCAAUCGGAUCCUAUAUAUUCGCUUCAUUCCGCGGUCGAAUGGCACCGCGCGGACAAUUCAUCAUACGCGUGUCUCUGCGAGAGAGAGAGAGAAUGAGAGAAAGCAAAAACCACACGCUCGCAGAGACACCGGAAAAUGCGGAAAAUGCUACAACAACCUACGAACAUUAUGAAGGCAAAUAACAAAACCAGCUAUUGAAGUAUAUACAUAUAUUUUUUGUAAUACACACCUGCUAUACGCUUUGAAAUUUCAUAUUUAUACUACCUUAACAAAACAAUAACGACAAAAAAAAGUGGCAAGCGCAUCUGCUAUAUAUUUACAAGUGAUCAAAAGAGGAUAACAAACAUGUUACAAACAAGCGAUCCAGCAACAUAACAGCAUGGCAUACAAUAAAUAACGCAUGGGAAGAUGAAAAACUGAGAACGGAAAAUUAAGCCACAUUCAGCCACACACACACACGCAUAUACCAGCCACCGCACACGCUUACAUGCCACGAAAAGCAAAAAGCUCUUUUAUGAGAGUGGAAAAACACUAUUCAGGAUCCCGUUUUAAGAUCAGGUGGUGGAGCAGCACCUGUUCUGAUCCGCCACAGAUGAUAUAUAGACCUUUUUUUUUGCAAAACACACCUGUUAAUGGACACUGGACCUGUACUUGUUGAAUGAUCAACUUGUUUAAGCUCGCAUCCAUCCAUCCUUAUUUGGCCAAACGUGGCGCAAUGGUGCCACAGAGUGUAUGUGUUAGCAAACACGGAACCGGAACACGGAUGCGUUGGAUACGCAUCGUGUUUCGUAAGGGUGUGCAACAGCAAUCGCAACAACAACAAAAAAAAGAAAAACAAACAAAAAGCCAUACCAAAACGACAAGCAAACAAACGAGAGCUUCUUCCGAUUUAUAGCGUAAAAGCGAUAGGCAGUCACAGCAUAGCACGCAGCAUUUAACAGAAGACAUUCACAGAUCAAACAUUUCGCCACCAUGUCCGUCGUCGAAACGAGUAUAGCGUUACACGCUUAGCUUGCUUUGUACCCCAAUGGCCGUACAUCCUUAAAUGCGAGAUACUUGGCAUCCUUCUUGACACCGCAGCUCACUGCACCGUCAUGCCAUUAGCGAGACAUUGGGAGACAUUGUAAGCAUCGGAGGUGUUCCAGCAGCCCUACCGAUGCUGUAUUUAUUUCUAAACAUCUCCGCCGGUUUUCGGAAAACUCGCGACGGCCAAGGCGAACAGAUCUGGCUUCAAAAGGUAGCAAGGAAAAAAGAAAAGUAAAACCAUUCACACAUACCCACACACACACACAUAAAAAAAAACAAAAAUCGCAACACAAUCCAAUCACUCAGAAGAGGUCAAAGGUCGGAAAUUGCA